GUCACACUUACUAACACACGUGUUUGUUGAUGAGCAUCAAAGUCGUGUAGACUAGGCAUUUCCAUAAAGAUAAAUAUAUUAAAAAGAAGAAAAUAAAAUGGUUAAAGUAAAGGUAGAGAAAAAUGAUGACGCCGACACGUCCGUUAAAGUCAGUGCAAAUGUGUCGGUUAAGGAAGAAGAGAGCUAUGAUGACAAAUUGCUGUUUAUUAACGCCAUCGCCAAACCGAUGGCAGGCAAGAAAUUGGCCAAGAAAGUUUAUAAACUGGUCAAGAAAGCCAUGAAGCAUAAAACCUACUUGCGAAAUGGACUCAAGGAUGUGCAAACACGUUUACGCAAAGGUGAAACUGGCCUUUGCAUCUUUGCCGGUGAUGUGACUCCCGUGGACAUCAUGUGCCACCUGCCCGCUGUGUGCGAGGAAAAGGGUAUUCCCUACACUUACACACCAAGUCGUGCUGAUCUCGGGGCUGCCAUGGGUGUUAAGCGAGGCACAGUCGCCUUGCUUGUUCGCCAAAAUGAGGAAUACAAAGAUUUAUACGAUGAAGUCAAAGAUGAGCUGUCAAAGCUGAAUGUUCCAGUUUGAGUUGCUAAAUUAGUCUGUAUUCCUAAGUAAGAACAUUGCUAGUUAAGAUCCUAAUUUUCAAUUUACAAAUACACUAUAAUCUUGUACAAAA